AUGCUGUUAAAUUUUCUUCAAGGAGAAGCAUCAGAUGGCGGGGGUAAGAAUACUAGUGGUGGUGACGGUGCCUCUUGCGAAGGUUCUGGAAGGAUAAACUCUGGCGAGGGCGGAGAGGAUGCAAACGGGAACGGCUCUUGUGGGUCUCCGGGCAGCACAGGAUUUACCGGCGGCGGAAGGAAAACAUCCGGUGUCUCUGGCGCAGUUAAAACUGGUGGCGUGAACGGGAAAGUUGGUGGUUCUUCUGGAAUUUGCGGAAUCAUCGGAGGUGGCAAGGUAAUAUCUGGCGUCUCUGGGACAGGAAAGGCUGGUGGGGUGAACGUAAACGACGGUGGUUCCUGGGGAUCAUCUGGGAGUUGUGGAGUUGCCGGAGGUUGCAGGGAAAUGGCCGGCGUGGAAGGAACUGGAUCAUCAGGACCUACCGGCGGUGUUUGUGGUAAAGGAAACUCCGGUGUCGGGACCACGCCAGUAUCCGGCGUUGUUGGGUUUGAUAUAAGAGGGGGCGGAAAUAACAGUGGACCUUCAGGUGGUUGUUGCGGAAGCUGCGGCGUUCCCGGCGGCGUCGAGAACAUCGGGACUAGUGGCGGUGCCGGUACGGAUCCAUCUGGGGGAAAAUUCAAUGCAGGUGGUGGAGGAUGA